CGCGCACGGACGCCCGGAUCCUCGAACAAACCUCACCACCAACCCGAAAAAUGAACAAAACGCAAGCAAUCCACGGCCUACUAGAGUAUCUGGAGGGCAAGGAGUACUUCUUCUUGACCCCGACGCCGGAGACGCACGCAUUGGUGGAUCAGAAGUUACGGAAGAACGAUGACGUCACAGCAAAGUGCUUGACGGAUGUCUUUGGAUGGUCGAUGGAGUUCGAAAUGCCACUCGAAGAUUUUCCUGAAUCGUUGCUACUCAAACUCCGUGACGAGAACCUAAUCCAAAAGAAAGCCGAGAACCGAUACUGGUCAACCAUCCGGGUCUCAACCCUCUACCCUCCCGGUCCCUACCUUCCCUCCUCCUCCGCCCUACCAAGGAAUUUGUACACUCACUCAGCCUUCCCAACCCACGACCAAUCAGCCGUUUUCUUCGGUCCGGACACAUAUCGUUUUUUACGGUUCAUGACACAAGCCUACAAGCACUUCGGACACCUCCUGCCCAAGGAUCCCAUCCCACAGGCGGCGGAUGUAGGGACUGGAGGCGGCGCAGGCGCAAUCCACCUCCGGCACCUCCUCGGCCGAUACGCCCGCGUCUACGGCCUUGAUUUAAGCCCGAAGGCAAUAGAGCUGGCGGGGAUCAACGCUCGAUACAUCUUCCCACUCAACACAACGGGUCCCGCGCCCCCUGAUUUCGCCGAGAGCGAUAUCCUCUCCGGCCUCCCCCGCCCAUAUCCCCCUUCCCACCCCAACUUCGUCCCAGGCGUCGACCGCGAACACGAUCCAGGAUUGGAUUUACUCGUGUGUAACCCACCGUAUAUCGCAUCCGCUACCCAAACAUAUGCAGCGGGCGGUACCGCAAAAUCCGGGUUGGAUUUGCCGUUGAGGAUUUUGGCGGAGGCGUUGGGGGAGAAGGGGGUUAGGGUUGGUGGGAUGGUGUGGUUUUAUACGGGGGUUCCGGUGCCGAUUCGGGGUAGGAGGAAGGAUAUGUUUUAUGAGGAGGUUGAAAUUAUGACAGCAGACGGUGAGGGGGGCAAAGGGUAUAAGUGGGAGGUGUUGGAGUAUGAUGUGAUGGAUGUCGAUAUCUUUGGGUGUGAGAUGGAGACUCAUGAGGGGCCGUAUAAGGGGAUUGGGAGGAUUCAGGCUAUCGGGUGUGUGCUGCAGAAGGUUGAGGUAUAGGGUUGGGAA